GCAUUUAGCUUGGUUUAAAGUGCAAUAAUUUACAUUAAAAUACAUUGAUUUAUUAAGUUAUACGUCUUGCUUGUAGCAUAAUCUCAUUUUGCAGUAUAAAAAAGAAUAAGACAUAAAAAUAGGAUCAUGGGAAAUCAGUUGGUUCGUAAUACAUGGGACACACAUUGUGUAAUACUUCCAGCAGAAAGAUUUUCGGCACCUUAUAAUCAUUGGCAAUAUAAUGAACGUUGUAGAGAUUUUGAGUUGGAAGCAGCUGAAUGCGUCUGUGCAUAUGGGUUUCUUAUAGGACAGACAAAAUGUAAAGAUAUACUCGAUGAUCUUUUGGAAUGUGCGAGUGGAGAAAAACUGAUGAACAGACAGGAAAUACUAGUGUCAGAAUUUGCACGUAAGGUCAAAGCAGGUGAAAGAACCUUUGAAGAGAUUCCAUUUAUUUAUACCUUCGAUUAGAAUUCAUAUAUAUGUAUUUCAUAAAUAGUAAACAAUAUAUUGGAUAAACUCAAAAUAUUGUUGA